AAUGAGUAAGACUGACUUUUACCUCUCCCAGUGCAUACAGGCGGCAUCCAAGUCGUCGAUGACCUAUACCCUCGGCGCUGUACUCGUCAAGGGCGGCAAGAUCAUCUCCUCAGGCCACAACCAUCAUCGCACACACUACGACGGCAUCGACAUCGACACGCACGGGCACCGCAAGCCCGUGUCCAUGCAUGCGGAGAUGCACGCAAUCUAUAGCUGCACGGGCAUGUCACCCUCGUUCAAGCAGCAGGUUCAAGCCCUGGAUGAACGAGGCCUGCAACAAGAACGACAACGACGGAUGCGCGGAACAACACACCCACAGCCGACAGAAGCGAAAGCGAAAGCGCGUACACAGCAAGUCGCCGCCCAGCUCGCGAUCACGCCGUCGGUCAAUGGCGCGGACAUCUACGUCGCACGCGUCGUCAAGCAGGGACUGGGCUCCGCGAGGCCAUGCUGGCGCUGCGUGAAGUGGUGCUACUGGUCGGGUGUCAAGCGCAUUUUCCACUGGAACGCGAGCGAGGGUCGCUUCGACGUCAUUAAGGUGAAUGACCUUGAGGGAGGCUGUUACGAGACCCAGGCAGACACGCGUCUCUUCGCUGGCUCGUGUUACUAACGAGCGCUUCCUACUGCGUGCGGGUGAGAGGAAAAUCGUGAAUAUCGGACCCUGCCAACUGCUCGACAUCUCGCUACCCACGGAUGGUCGAGUUACUAAUGUGGGGCAGAAUAGACUGUUCAAAAGAGCAUAAAUUCAACCCGUAAAUAUGCGUACAUUGUUUUCGGGGUUUACAAUAUGCUCUACAUAGCUUUGUUAAACGUUUUUAAAGACAUCAAGCUGCUUUUAC